UUUUGUAUUCAGGGACUUUCCAUAAGUGGUAAUGGGCUGUGAAUUGACGCAUGCUACAUCUAUUAUCAACGUUACGGUAAGAAAAAAAUGACGUAGAGGCACACCUCCAACUUGGAAGGACACCAGCCGGCCGAGGCACCUCCGCGCCAAGGACAGGCCGACCACACUGGCUCCUCCGGCCGCAGCUGCGGACGCAAAUUCACGGUCCGGCUUGAUCUGAAGAUCGCUGCGGGCUCGGUGUCCGACGGCGUCCGCUGAGACAUUUCUGGCUGUCAAGACUCCUCUUUUGCCCCCUGACUAGUGUUGCAUCGCCUGUCUUGCUCAUACUCAUAUGCGGCUUUGGAAAUAUUGCGCGUUAUGCCAAGACCAGCUUGGACAAUGUCCCUCUGAUAGAGGGAGAGUUGAUUUUGACUUAAAGGCUCAAACAAGGCUUUCAACAUGUCCAGCACUCAGAGAGACAAUGGUUCUGCAAACUCAGCAGAAGCCAAGAAAACAGACCUGAGAAUGAAUGAGAAGAAAUGCUCAUGGGCUUCCUAUAUGACAAAUUCUCCAACAAUGAUCGUAAUGAUAGGCCUGCCUGCGAGAGGGAAGACCUACAUGUCAAAGAAACUCACACGUUACCUCAAUUGGAUAGGAGUCCCAACCAAAGUGUUUAACUUGGGCGUGUACCGCAGAGAGGCUGUCAGAGCUUACAAAUCCUAUGAUUUCUUCCGCCACGACAACGAGGAGGCCAUGAAAAUAAGGAAGCAGUGCGCUCUGGUAGCUCUGCAGGAUGUGAGGGCGUACCUGACGGUGGAGGGAGGUCAGAUUGCAGUUUUUGAUGCAACAAACACAACAAGAGAGCGGCGAGAUCUUAUUCAAGCUUUUGUGAAGGAGAAUGCAUUCAAGGUGUUCUUUGUGGAGUCUGUGUGUGACGACCCAGAAGUCAUUGCUGCAAACAUUCUGGAAGUGAAAGUGUCAAGUCCAGAUUACCCCGAGAGGCACAGAGAGAGAGUCAUGGAUGACUUCCUCAAACGAAUCGAGUGCUACAAGGUUACUUACCAACCAUUAGAUCCUGAUGAUUAUGACAAGGACCUGUCUUUUAUCAAGGUGAUGAAUGUGGGCCGGCGUUUUUUGGUGAACCGGGUGCAGGACUACAUCCAGAGCAAGAUUGUCUACUACCUCAUGAAUAUCCAUGUGCACUCUCACUCCAUCUACCUGUGUCGGCACGGAGAGAGCAACCACAACGUCGAAGGCCGCAUCGGAGGAGACUCAGAACUUUCUCCUCGCGGCAAACAGUUUGCACAUGCUCUGCGCAAUUUCAUUGAGGAGCACAAUCUGUCAGAUUUGAAGGUGUGGACAAGCCAACUGAGAAGAACCAUCCAGACAGCGGAGGAGCUGGGUGUUCCUUAUGAGCAGUGGAAGAUACUCAACGAGAUCGAUGCUGGUGUGUGUGAGGAGAUGAGCUAUGAGAUGAUCCAGAACACAUUCCCUGAAGAGUUUGCUUUGAGGGACCAGGACAAGUACCACUAUCGCUACCCAGGGGGAGAGUCUUACCAGGAUCUUGUUCAGCGUUUGGAGCCGGUCAUCAUGGAGUUAGAGAGACAAGGCAACGUGUUGGUCAUCUGCCACCAGGCUGUGAUGCGCUGUCUGCUUGCUUACUUCCUGGACAAAAGUGCAGAAGAUCUACCCUACCUGAAAUGUCCGCUUCACACAGUGCUCAAACUUACUCCUGUUGCGUAUGGUUGUAAAGUGGAAAUGUUUUAUCUUAAUGUGGAGGCAGUAAACACACAUCGAGACCGACCUCUUGGUAAAAUCCCGAAGGACUCUGCUCUCAUACUGCGGCGGAAUAGUUACACUCCCUUGUGCAGUCACGACCAGGUCAAGCGUCCCAGGCUCUACAGCGCGGGCAACCAGCCCUGGCUACCGCUUGCCCCCACCCCACCGGCUCUGAUGCCAGAGGGACGGCAAAGCCAAGUUAGUGACAGAAUCAUAGGCUCCCUCUCUAAAUCAGUCACCGUCAGCUGUAAUCAGUCACCUCCCACCCCAGUUGUAACCCUGUGUUUGGCAUUCCCUCGCCUCAGUUUUGGAUCCUCUCGAUGAUUUAGUGUCUGUGUUGAAAAAUGACGUACAUGGAGUCCAUCUCUUUCUCUCUUUCUCUUUCUCUCCCAGGGCAUGUUUUGAGUUCUGAAUUGGGGACUUCCCUCUUUUAAUGUUGUGGCUGUCUGUUCUCAAAGCCAGACGUUUGUUUUGCAUGACCUCUGCUUCACCACUGGGCUGUCUCCAGCUUGAAUAUGCAGAAAAGCAUGCCUAUUCUUUUUCUGAGGAAAGCUCCUUAUGAGUUGUCCUCAUGGGAUACAAAAGACACACAAACAUCUUAAAGAUAUCUCAUACUGUAUUUUGUUGCAAGUCAUAAAAAUGUACAGUUAUAGUACACAUCAUAAUCUGCACAUAACCAUUAUAAACCCAAAGUGAUGAUUCCAUUUAAUAAAGUUAAAACAAUUUGAGAACAUUUGUUUCCUCCUAACAAUACAGGUAUUCUCAUUGUAAAGGUUGUGACAAACAUUCAGAUCUAGAAAUUUUUAAAAUGCAUAUUCAUAUUUGUACGUGUUGUGUUUGUUGGCCUUGCCUUGUGGGUACAUUGCUUCAGCCCUUCUCCACAUUUCUAUCUAUCUCUCUCUUUCUCCACUUUUCUCCAAACCUGUCUUACAGCCUCGGAUAGGAAUCGGUUGUCUGUGAGUAUUUUGGAGACUUAUAUGUUGCCAGCCCCUCAUUUUCUUUCCCAUAAUUCAACUCAUGUCAUAGUAAUCCAUGCCAAUAUGUUAUCACAGUGGUGUUUCUUUUUUAUGGUUUUUCAGUCUUUGGGUUUCUCUAACCUUUCAUCACCUUUGCACUUUGAAAUUAGAGCGGUUAUCAGCCUCGUUUCAUCUCAGCGGCCUUAUCAACAACACUCUAUCAUACUGUUUGAUGACAGUAUUUGUUACAUAACUAGACAUAUUUCACAAUAUGUAAUAAAAUGGAAAAGAAGUAGCCAUACUAUUGAUAUAUUAAGUAUUGAUUUCCUUUUUAUUGCAUAAAACUAAAUGUACUAGAUUAUAAUUUGGAGCUAAUCAUACAUAGGGUCAGAAUGUGAUUAAUAAUUAAUCACUUUUUGAGAGUGUGCUAAAGAAGAGUCUCCACUGAUGUGGCUGUUUUACCACACUUCACAUAAUGACCUAAUUUUUCAAAUAGGAUCUUAAGACCCCUGGGCCGACUGGGAAGCUAUUAGUUUCCUCGAAUAGGAUUUGCUGCUAUAAGGCAUUAAUUUGUGAAUGUCAGUGAUAUUUUCUUUUUC